UUGACGCUGAGCCAUGAGGAUGAAAAGUCUUAAUCCUUUUGCUUCAUUGGCAUUGAUUUCCAUUUUUGAGGUUGUGUCAUCGACAAAAACAUGCAACCUUACCAGCGAUUGCAAAAUUUUGGAAACAUCAGUCCUCUAUCAAGAGGCAAAAGUGGGAGAUACUGUAACUUUCCAGUGCAUAGGAGUUUGCAACAAUAACGAUAAUAGUUGGGUUAACAUCAGCUGGACUUCCGAAAAAUGGAUUGAAAAUAUGCGUUUAUCAGGAAUAAGGAAAAUGAGCAUUGGCGAUUGCAACGUGCUAAGCCUGAAUCUGACAAUUCACGUCACUAGCGAGAAAGAUUUUGAAAAUAGUUUGAAAUGCCGAAUUCAGGACGAGUUUACAUCCACAUCGUCUUCGGAAGUAAAAGAUGCUGUAUUAAAACGAAAAAAGGACCCUGAAAUUUCCUACUGGGCAGGAAUUAUUGUGGCCAUCACUUUAUUUUCCUUUACACUUUUCGCGGCAAUACUGAUGUACGUCUUUAACCUGGAAUUGAGGCUAAUUUACAAAGACAGAUUUUCGUCGCUCAACACCAACGGAAAGUACGAUUUGUUCAUAUGUUACCAGUCAGACGAAGAAGGUGAAUUUGUAGCAAAGUUUAUUUUGCCCUGCCUGGAAAAUAUUUUGGGAUACAAGUGUUUCAUCGUUGAUAGAAACACCGCGUGCGGGGAAUGGUUGAUGGACGUUAUUUACUGCAAAAUAAAGCAAAGUCGGUGCUUCUUACUAAUCGUUUCUGAAGGAAUCGCUCAAGACACGCUAUGCAAAUUUGCAUGCGAGCGCGCUGUAGAGGAAGCAAAGGGGCCUAGAGGAAUGAAGCUCAUCUGCGUUAAGCCACCGACACCUAAGCGCAAGAAGUCGCGAUUGGAUACAGAAUUGGAAGAAAAUUUUGCAGGAAUUGAACCGUUGAAUAUGAUUUGUAAGCUCGGCAGACAGAUUCCUAAAGUCGAUCCGAAAGAGAGCACAAUCAAGGAGAAAAAUCGGUUUUGGAAGAAAUUGUGUCUCCAGUUGCCGGCCAAAAGAAACUUGGCAUGGCUCAAACUUGGACGUAGAGAUAGAGAGAUAUUUAUAUAACAAUAAGAUAUCUUAUGAGGAUGAGAAUUACAUUAAAUUUGUAUCAGUGGGGUAGUUGCGCAGCAGAGUUUUAGCUCAAAAUUGUCGGUUUUUGGUGGAUUUUUGAUGAAAUAAAAAUCAAUUUCUAAAAAUCGUUUUUAGACAGUCGCCAAAAGGAAAAAAAUUCCUAUAAAUAACUGCCGAUAAAUUAAAUUUUGCAUUUUUUUUAUCGAAAUGAUUUUUUUUAUCUCAUUUAAAAAAAAAAUGUAUUUAAUGCAGGACCAAGGUGGGUUUCAGUCGACUCAAAAUCGCAUGAAUCGUGCACAUUUGACAUUCUUGGAGCUCUAAAUAUUGUGGAAAACCAUAAUUGUUAUAUCCCUUUAUCUAGUUUAUCCGAAAUGUAAAUUUUUAAAAUUAAUUUAAUUAAAUUAAUUUGCAACUAAAACGUUUUACUCAUUUUUAUAGUACCUGUUAAUAUAGUGUUAUUAUUAUUGUUGUUUAUUUGUCCACAUUGUUGAAUUAUUAUUGUUAAUAUCUAGUUUUAUAAAUGAAAACAUAACUAUUCGAGGCCGUUAUUUUUUGCAAGUAGUUUUAAGGUGAUUUUUUAAUCAAAAAUGUAAAGUUUUAGCAUAAUUUAUUAUUACUUUUUAAAUUGUUCACGUUUAAUAUUAUUAAAAGAUUGAAAGUGUA